AAAGUACAUCUCGUUCUCUUUCCCGCCUCUUCCUGAAAUCAAACCCCCCGCACCCCCUUCCCCUGGACAACCCCCACCACCGGAUUAUUGCCCAGCGCUGGAGUUGGUUUACGUCGGUGUGCAGUGUUGCUAACAUGCCGUCCGUUUUGAUUGACACCAUAAGUGCUUGAACGCAUGGCCCCGAGUCAUGAAUUACUCGGGUGGGACAAACGUGUCCGCAAAGUCGACGCAGGGCCUCGAGAGGAAGGGGACAGGAAGCAGAAAGUCAUCGCCGCAGGAACAACCGACCGAACAACUCGACUCGGAGCUGGUCUCCUCUGCGCCGGACAGCCGGAACUGGCGGGGCAUAGGCAUCGCGCUGCUAGUCAUCGCUGGCGUAUGCGCACUUAUCGUCACUGCUGUCAUUCUGCUCUCACCAGGAGACAAGGGUCCCCGUGUGAAGCAGCCCAGAAUCUCGCUGGGAGAUGUUCUACUUGGCUUCUUCCACCCGAGAAGGUUCAACGGUUCGUGGGUUACAGACACAGAAUUCAUCUACAGGGACACUGAUGGAACCCUUAUGCUUUACAAUGCGGAGACGAAAGAGAAGAAGACGCUUCUAUUUAAUACUACAUUUAGGAAGUUUGAUGCCAAGGUGUACCAGAUGUCGCCCGAUAGGAACUUCCUGUUGCUGACGCAUGAUAUCAAGCCCGUUUACAGGCACACGUUCCUUGCCAAAUACGAGAUCUAUGACUUUACUAGCAAGGAUUUGUUUCCAUUGAGGCAUAGUCCUAAUCAUGAAGAAUUGCAAUACGCAGCGUGGGGGAAAACUGGAAGCCAGUUAGUGUAUGUGUUUGAGAAUGACGUCUACUUCAUAUCAAGCGUGUUGGGUGGGGCACCCGUGCGCGUGACGCAGACUGGUGUGCCAGACGUAGUAUUCAACGGAAUACCGGACUGGCUGUACGAGGAAGAAGUGCUGAGUUCUCCCUCCGCCAUGUGGUGGUCUCCAAAGGGUCAGCAGCUGUGCCUAGCGCGGUUCAACGACACCGGCGUGCGUACCAUCAGCGUGCCGGUGUAUUCAACCGACGACCUCUAUCCGGGCGUAAGGGACUUACGAUAUCCAAAGUCUGGCACAGCCAACCCCACUGUGGACCUGUUUGUCGCGUCGCUGGGAGACCUCGGAACGACUGGCGUCAAACUGAAAAGCGUCAGACCUCCCAGGGAGCUCCUCGAUAGGACGAAAGAGUAUUACGUGACGUUUGUGGCAUUUCUGGACGAGCAAUCGCUAGUGGUGAACUUCCUGACACGGGCACAGAACUGGACGCAGGUGUCGGUGUGCCGGGAGGGCGCCUCGACUUGGGACUGCGCGGGGCAGGCCGUCGAGACGGCCUCGGGCGGCUGGAUCGACCUAAAGGAGCCGCCGCUUGUCGCUGCCGGCGGCUUCUUUCUCAAACUCCCCGUACAAGACCAACGCCGUGGAAACUUCAAACACCUUGCUGCUUUCCAAGAGAAACGCAAAAAGUUUUUGACUCACGGGCCGUACGACAUUAUCAGCAUCUUGGCCUACAGUCCGGAAUCCAAGCGCGUGUUCUUCACGAGCACGCGAGAAGGAAAGCCCGGAGAAUCUCACCUCUACAGCGUGCCGUUCAACGACGAAGAAACUCAGCCAAUAUGUCACACGUGCGACUUGGGCGACCAGUGCCUCUACAACAAUGCCGUCUUCUCGUCUGAGAGCAGUCGCUUCUAUAUACUCGAGUGCCUUGGACCCGGAGUGCCUUGGGUUGCCGUCCGCAAGACGAGCGAUCAUAGUCAAGUGGAGAUGCUGGACGCUAACGAUGAACUUAAGGAGCGUGUGGAACAGAGAGCCAUGCCGCAAGUCCGCAACUUCUACGCUCCUCUGGCAGACGGAUACAAUGCCACUGUCCGUCUUCUGCUGCCUCCUGGACUUCGGGACGAAGAGGUGCUCAAGUACCCGUUCCUGGUGCAUGUGUACGGUGGGCCCGACACCCAGCAGGUUACGGAACAGUUCCGUGUUACCUGGGGCCAUUCGUUGGCCAGCCGCAAGGGCGUCGUCUUCGCCAUGAUCGACGGCCGAGGAUCCAGCCGACAGGGCGACCGACGACUUCACCAAGUCUACAAACGCCUGGGAACCGUCGAGGUCCAGGACCAGCUUCGGGUUGCCAAAUACCUAAAAGCAGAGCUGCCUUUCAUCAGCAAGGAACACACGGCCAUAUGGGGGUGGUCCUAUGGCGGCUAUGUAGCCGCCAUGGCAUUGGCCGGUGGAGAUGCCGAACCUAGCAGCGACGACGGUGUCUUCCAGUGCGGCAUCUCUGUCGCCCCAGUCACCAACUGGAUGUACUACGACUCUGCCUACACGGAACGCUUCAUGGGUUUGCCCUCAGACAACGUGGCAGCGUACGACCGAAGCAAUCUCCUUCUGGCAGUUGAGAAACUGCGUGACAAGCGCUUCUACCUCCUGCACGGCACCGCUGAUGACAAUGUCCACUUCCAGCAUUCCAUGUUGCUAGUCAAAGAGCUGACCCGCAGAAAUAUCAUGCAUAGAACCCAGGUCUACCCCGAUGAAAACCACUCCUUGGGCCGCGUACUGCAACACCUCUACCACUCCAUGGAAGACUUUCUCGACGAGUGCUUCGAGGGCUCCGACCACAACGUCGAAGAGAUAGGGUUGAUGCAAGUGAAGGCAUCGCGGUAACCUCACAUGCCGUUCGCUUAGGACAACCAGUGUUGGUGCUGAAAGACAUGCGGCUCCUUAUCAACGUUUCAUCCUUCUCAUUUAUUCUCCACACCAUGGCGAGUGCGUGUACAAUAGGCUUCGCGCGAUCGUACUGCUGCUAGAGUAAGCCGCUGGCACCAAAGCACCAGAUGAGGGCAGGUAGCAUGCAGAACCGUUUUUCGGACGUUCGGGCGUUUGUAUAGACGUGUUCUUUCCUCGAACCGAUAUUAGAGAGUCUUGUUAAAGGGGCAGUCCAGAACCGUCGGCUGAUUCCGAGAUUAGAGCUGCCGCAUUUAGAGUUACACCACACUGAGGGCACAGUAGAAUACCGUAGCAUUGGAGAUAGACCAGAGAACCGAACGGCAUGUCGUCACGUUGACGGCGCUAACGGCACGCCAAUUUUGUGGACAUCACAAAGACUGUAUAUCGGCUAUCACAAUGACGGCUGCGAUCAGGGUGGUUGAGGAUGCGUUUGACGUACCAUGAAACGUAAUCAAUCAAUCAGUUUCGUUUCGACAUCGCUUCCAGGCUUGGCAGAACAAAAAAAAAAAAAAAAAAGAAACUGCUGACAUUGACAUCAGAUAAGAGAAACUGUUGACCACAAAAUUAAAUCGUAAAUGAUUGGCUGCAAAUUUAGUCGAUCAUAUUCCUUACGCUUAAUCUAAACACCAUGAGAAAGCGCGUGACAGCGUUUCAUUAGGUUUGGCUUUGACUUUGGUUGCGGACUGUCGCUUUAGGGAUUCUUCCUGCCCAAACCACUGUUAGGAUCUGCACGCCGUUCAUGUCGCCCGGACGCCUCUGCUUGCAUGACAACUGGUGUAAGCACGAGCUGCUGAAAGUGUAUGCUUGGACGUAAAUAUUCGUAAUUUUUUGUUUUUUGUUUUUUUUUAUUCGGGUCUGGAUACCUGGAACUCGUUCUCAUCAAAUGGGGUUUCCAAUACUCAUAAAAUGGCAUUGCGUCCGGACCUGUACGUUCUUUUUCUGGAUAAUCGUGGUGCGGAGUUCCGAUAGUUUCCGCUAUAGCAAUUGGGCAAGUUUUGCGAGCGUGUACUCGCUAUCUUAGUUGCCUGGUAGUCGUGACGAUCGUCAACGCAGAAAGAAGUCUUGUAGCGUGAAUGGUGUAGGCAUUAGCUCUGAAUCGUGUGCCAGAGGAGCGCUUGUAUUUUGCGUCAGUCGUGUCUCAUUUUUGCACCUUUGGCUUUUAUCAGCAAUAAUCCAACAAAAGUUGUUGGCUACGUUGCUGGCUGCUGUUGGCUACGGAUUGGAUAUAUAUAUACUGCAAAGACGCCGUGGAAUGGAGACUCUUCCAGACUCGAUGCACCUGCUUCAGCUCAGAUUUGAAAACUCCCUACUGUUCCAGUGUUGAAUUCUGUCGAUUCAUUAACAGUGAUGUGUCAUAAGUAGCUUUCAUAAGGCUGCCAUUUGGACAGUAUUCUAAUGCAGACAGUUCUAGUCUGCUUCUUGCACCGUACACAUUAUUCACUUAUUCUCCUUUACUUUCCAAUUUUUCUGCCCUGCCAAAAAGAAAAAGAGAAUGUACAUAGCAGGGCCAGGUCGUUCUCAAGAUGCUCACAAUCACCAUUCAAGGUCUCCUGAACUUCCAGCAUGCCCACAGCAUUGUACAUAACUCAUUCGUGUAUUCUAUGAAGACAUAUAAUAUCCUAGAUUUAGGAAGUACGAUAUCUCCUAAUCACUCUAUCGUUGAGCCUCGAUCUACAGAGGCUAGUGCUGGUCACACUGUGUGUGUCGGAAGCACAGAACUAUAGGGACUCAGGGUUCCCCCAGCAUUUCAAUAGACGCUUAUCCAGUAAUUAGACUUUCAUCCCAAGCGUUCUGACGUCAGAUCCAGAUUACCGAAAAUCGUUAUCCCCGAGCCUUAUCACGCGAACCAGCGAUCCAGAUCCACAAAACAGAUCUGUGUCCACUGACACCCAAGAGUGCGUUGCUGCAGGCGACGUUCGGUUCACCUUCAAUCCCUUCUGUUCGAAAAUUCGCACCGUGGUGGCUUUGGCUGUCGUCGAUUCACUGUCAUGUUGUCAAUGCCUCAUUUACUCUUAUAAUUAACGCACCAUGUCCCUCUGGGUCUACGGAAGGCGUUGGGGGCAUCUGCGAUUAAGGCGUGAUCUGGAUCAAGUACAACGGCUCGCUUGAGGUAUUCGCUUAGAAUGGGCGAGGCGUGAACCCAUAUCUUCCUCAUUUCAUCACAGGGGUUUACACCCCGCGCCUGUAUAUAAUGUAGCAGACUUUUGAAAGAAUCUAUGCAGUAGUUUGUACAGUUCCUCUGCACCAGAGCGUUGCAUGCAGAAGGCUCAUCAGUCCUAGACUACUCUGAUCCCCCUUAGCGUGGCUGGCGAGGUACAAAAACCUGUUCUCCAUCUUUGUGCUGGGAACGGCUUCCAUGGGAAGGUCGCCAUAGUGGUGCUUCCAACUGUGAUCCAACGCCACCCGAAGGUUAUUAAUCGCCUAUUUUGGGAAGGCGUAGAUAUAGUGUUAGAGCUCUGUUUAUUUCUUUUCUUAACUUCAUUAGAACUUCUGCAUAUAUACAUAGAUAUAUAUAUCGAAGCGUAGGUCAGCCGUUUUAAAUGGUUUCUUCUUAACUUAUUUUCUCGGUGUCAGAUAAUCACUGACAGGGGGAAGAGACAGUGUCGCGUGCUAUACAUACCACGUAAAAUAUUGUAUUGCACUUUCCAUCUUUCUGGAUACGAUACAAGAGAAAGUAUGCGCUUCGUUGAAGAAGACGAACGCCAUGCAGGUAAAAAAACGUGCAGGCAUUGGAGUUAACCAUACCAGUUUUAUGGCAGCCGGUUGGCUGUGCCAAUAACUAUGCCACUUAAUUGCACUUUGCCUACAUUUCACUACGUCUCGCCGUCAUUUUGGUAAAGAUUUAAUUAUAACGUCAAUCAAAAUCGCGUUUGGCGGACGCUUUCACGUACGUAUCCAGUUCUACCUAUAGUGUUACUUUUUAGAGCGAUAUAUUGCGAUCGACAUCAGAUGGGUCCUGUAAAGUUGAAAUCUUCUGUCAAGCUCAAGUUCUGUGUCUCACGAUGUUACUGCAACAAUCUAGAAGUGAGAGGUGCCAUUACAUCAGUGCCAACAGGGGCGAUAUCGCGUUUUUGUGGUUACUUUUUUUUCUUUCUUUUUUCUUUUUUGCUUGCUCAGUCGCCAACGCUCGGUUCCGACGACGUCGCAUUUUUGGUUGGAUAGUAUUUGCGUAGCACAUUAGUUAAGUAUAGUGAUAGACCUGCCCCCGCGGUAUCAAUAUUUGACUUGAUAGCAUCAUUGCGACGCCAUCUGGCAGCGGGAACUAUCUUUGAACUGAACACUUAUUCCAACUCCCGUAUGAUUACAAUUUUAGGAGUAUGAAAUUUAGUGGCUAGUACGGGAAUAAAUGGUCUUUCAGAUCCCGUAGUAAGGCAAAGCGUGAUGUCCACAAUAACCGUAUGGCAUCAAUCACUGUCUAAAUACACCUGAGACAGGGUCAUUUCCAUUCAUUGUACAAAGUUUCAUGAGGCUGCAUGAAGCAGCAUGUCAUGAAUAACAGAACAAAGAUUUGUACUACGUGUGAAAAUCGGAACAGACGGAUUCACAUAGGCGUCUCAGGUGCGCCACGUAAAUCGGACGUACUCACGCGAAGGUACGGAUGAUUUUGUAUAAUCAAACUCAAUUCACUAAGAUCGGUGAAGUCUCAGAGAUUUGUGUGAAUCAUAUUUGAUUAUCCUUUCAACAGAGCCAGGAAUCCUGUUGAGGCAGCGCCGCAUUUAUAAACGCAUGUGUGAACCCAGCUUAAUGACCUCUUGUCAACGGUGUUUUAUGGUCAUAUGGAUUUUUCGUAUUUCAUUACUGCUGCAGGUUUUGUGUGAAUAUUUGUUAUACAUGACGAAAAGUGAUCAGGUUUUCAAGCAUCAUUUUUUUUUUUUUUCGUAAAUGCUUUGAUUUGAUUUAAAUAUUGACUUUUGAGUACACUCUGAGGAAGACAAAGUGUCUAAUUUGUGCUCUCAAAAACAGAAAAACACGUAUCUACCUUUAUUUAACACUGUCGUUUGUGUUGCAACAGAGAAAUUCAUGCAGCGCUAUAUUUCUAAUAAAAGAGAUUUAAAAUGCGCGGUAGAAAUGUGGUUUCUUGCUGCUCGACGGAUUUCCACGGUUCCGUACGAGCUACAAUGAUUAUCCAUAAACAAAUAACAGCAAUCAAUUCCCUUUAAAAAAAAUUAAAUGAAAUUAUGAAUGAAAUGAUAGCUACCGCAAAUUUGUUCCGCGCUGUGUAUUAGAGGUAUACGGUUCCGACCCAUUCAGUGCUAAUGAUUUGCCCACGAUGUCUUCACGUACCUAUACGCAAUAAUUGCCGCAUGCUCAGGGUUGUAAUGUAAAGCCUAUACUUUAGAAAAUAUCAUCCGUCUUCGUUACUUCUGACGUUUAGUUUAGCGCUGAAGGGAUUGACAUUUGCUCUUAUUUGAACUACCGGUCAUAUCAUGUAGUCCUCUAUAAUCAACAGUAGGGGUGGCUUUCUGAUGUAAGCCUUGCAGCCAUUACUACACACUCUCAUGGUUCGAGAUCGAGUGUCCCGCGGGUUUCUUCGAUAUGACACCUGCCGUUUGAAAAUUAAUGCCCUCAUCGCAUGGUUCAUCUUACAUCAGACAAGUUUGUAGGAGACUUUCUUCCAAAUGAAUUUUGUCCUAUUAGCAAUACGAAUAAUAAAAUUACCUGCUUACAAACUCGUUAUUUCA